UUCAGCUCUUGCAUAGCUACACUUCACAGCUCUGCUCCACAGUGAGACUCCACAUCAGAGGACCUCACCGGGACCGCGCAGCAUGGACCUGUUCACCAAAACUCUGUUUCUGUGCUUAGCACUUGCCCUCGCUAAUGGGGUACCUGUGCAUCAACAAGCAGCAGAUGAAGCCCAUGCUGGUCUACCAGACCGGUGUGGAGGUAUUGAGUUUGAUGCCAUCACUCCUGAUGAGAAGGGAAUCACUUUCUUCUUCAAAGGUGCUCACCUGUGGAGGGGUUUCCAUGGUUCAGCUCAGCUCUCCAAUGAGUCCUUCAAGGAGCUGGAUGACAUCCAUCACAUCGGCCAUGUUGACGCUGCCUUCCGCAUGCACAACAAAGACAACCCAGAUGACCAUGAUCACAUCUAUUUCUUCUUGGAUGACAAGGUUUUUUGUUAUUAUAACCACACUCUGGAGGAUGGGUAUCCAAAAGAGAUCCAGGAAGACUUCCCAGGAAUCCCCACUCACUUGGAUGCUGCUGUGGAGUGUCCCGGUGGAGAGUGCAUGACAGACUCAGUUUUGUUCUUCAAGGGACAUGAUGUGCAUAUUUUUGAUAUUGCCACAAAGACAGUGAAGACCAAGAACUGGCCCCACCUGCCUGCCUGCACCUCUGCUUUACGCUGGCAGGAGCACUACUACUGCUUCCAUGGACACAACUUCACCAGGUUCCACCCUGUGACCGGAGAUGUGUCCGGCAACUACCCAAAAGACGCCCGCAAUUACUUCAUGAAGUGCCCAGGCUUUGGUCAUGGAGGAAAUUAUACAAUCCCAGCAUGCAAGGAUAUCAAAUUAGAUGCCAUCACCACUGAUGAUGCAGGCAAACAAUAUUUGUUUACAGGUCCUGUCUACAUGCGUCUGGACACACGUCGUGACGGCCUUCACGCCUUCUUAAUCACCAGGGCAUGGAAAGAGGUGACCAACGGGGUGGAUGCUGUCUUCUUCUACGGCGACAAAAUCUACUUGAUUAAGGAUGAUCAGGUUUACAUCUAUAAAUCAGCUGCUCACUACACCCUGAUUGAAGGCUACCCUAAGACCCUGAAGGAGGAACUCGGCAUUGAGGGACAUGUGGACGCUGCUUUUCUGUGUCCCAAUGAACACACAGUUCAUAUAAUACAAGGAUCACAGAUGCGCGACGUUGACCUUAGUGCCACACCCAGGGUGGUGACCAGGGAUCUGCCCUUGCUCUUGUCCGGCAUUGAUGCUGGUACAUGUGACCUACAUGGAGUUAAAGUUUUCAAGGGUUCAACUUUUUACCACUAUGACAGCCCUGCAUUGUUGGCUAUGGCCAAAAUUGCCCCUGUGCCUAGGCCUAUCACCCCAGAGAUAAUGGGAUGUCGGGAAUAGGAGAAUAUUUCACAGUACCUGCUUAUCUGGGCCCCUCCAAACAAUGCAAUAUAAUAGUGUUUGCUGUGUUUAAUGACAUCUACCUGUACAAACACACUGGGAGAAUGGAAUCAACAUCAUCUCACUUCUAAAAUGGAGAGUAAAGAACUUAAUAUGUAAGAUUUGAAAAAUAUACUCUUCCCAUGCAGAGAGAAGUCUGACUUGUUUGGUGAAUAAAAUUUAGAAAAAGAAAA